GAAAAAUCCUCUAGUUUUCAAAGACACAACACCAAUAGCAGACUUACCUUAUAAUCUACUUCUCUAACUGACCGAUUCCGACAUCAUGACUUCUGACCGGGAACUCAGAAGAGACCAUGAGAGAGACAGGGCUAAAGUCGUUGAACUCAAUAAACAAAAUGAGAAGAUUGAACUAGUCCAACUUGAAAAUUUUUAUCUCAUGAAGAUUAGUGCUGUAAAGAUUCACAAUGAUAAGUACAGUAGCAAGGACAGAUGGAGCAAGAUGGUUAUCGAUGCCUCACAGAACAGCACUCUCUUAGCGCCGGCUGAAUUUACAGUCCAGGAUAAACACGGCAAAAGACGCCUGGUUAAGAUUGGCCCCAAAACAAGCGCACACGAUGUGAAGAAGGCUAUUGAUAUGUAUGAUGCGACAAAGUACGAAGAGCAGAAAAAGAGAGAAAUGACUGAUUGGGAACGGAGUAAAGAGGAGUUUGGCUCUCGUUUGCGUGAAAUUUUGAGGCAAAAAAAUCGCAUUCUAGGCUUCAGUUCGAGAGAUGAAUCUUUUGACGCAUGUUUCAGUGAUUUGGACUACAUUGCCCACACAACUCCAGCGCAUGUUACCUAUCAUACGUCGUUUCGUCAGCCGACGCCGGACUUGAAGCUCGAGAGGGAAAAUUCUCGACUGUCAGAUCAACUUCGUGCUACACAGCAACAGCUCGCAGAAGCCAGGGAAGAAUACAGGACUCUCGAAUAUGAAAAUUAUAAACUCAUCCAGGAGAAUGUCGAGGUUUCUAAAUCUUUAGAUUCAACGCAGAAGCUUCUGGAACAGAUUGCAGAGAAUAGAGACGAUCAUGUCAAGACAAAUAGAAGAUAUGCUGAAGAGAACAGAAAGCUGGAAUUUGAGCUGGAAUCGGCACAGGCACAAUUGCAAGCACAAACACAAGCUCAGAUGAAACCUCAGCCACAACCCCAGCCACGGUCAUGGUGGCCAUCAGCACGCAAAGUUACCUUCGAUGAAGCCAGUGAGCAGUUGCGGGAGGAAGUCAAAAGCCUGUCUAAGUCUUUGGAGAACCUGAAGAAUAAUAGGGAGCCACAUAAUAUCCUCCGAGAUGUCGGAGUCGAAACUCGCCUUGAAUUUCUACAACUUUCUAAGGCGCAUGAAUAUCCUGUUAUUCGCAAUCACACUCAUCAUAGAAUUGUUUCUCGCAGUUCUACUCCAGAGAUUAAUAUGGAUCUUGGUGCUAAAAGCCCAAGUAUUGAUGGAAGUAGUCUAUAUGGAGGAAACAUUCGAGCAGAUGCAGCUCUUCUGAGCAUCAACUCAAGUCAUCGAGUCAAGUACGAACAAACAUUCAAAGACAUCUACGGAGUUGCAUUUGGUGAAGUUACAAAGGGCUGUUCUGACAAGUACGCUCCACAGUGUAAGAUUACUGAGAUAGCGAACCUAAGAGGAACAAUGGCAUAUCUGGGAUGUUUCACGAGACACACGCCUGAUAAGGACGCUGACGAUAGAUUUUUGGCUUUGUCGGUCUAUUGUGAAAAAGAGUACGAAGAUACAGAUCGAAGAUCAACAACAGCUCUCCAAGCAGCAAAAACGUUCAGUAGUGAUCUUACAGUUGUCGAAGCUUGUAACAAGAUGCGGGGAAUCUGUGAAUCACUCGUCGAAAGAACCAAGAGUGAUAGUCGUCGCUCGAGCUAGUUCACGGGUGCUGUUCUUGGCAGCAAAUAUACGUGAGAAUUAGGUUGAUGAAGGACUAAAGGCUGGAGCCAAUGGUGCUGGUGGUAGUGGUGUUAGAUGAAGGUAUACAUACAGACUGAGAACGACCGUUGAUGAUUUUACAGAGCAAAAUUUUAGCACAGCAUAAUUUUGGUACAUAUGUUGUGCUAGCACGAAUUUUACGGUGAUGAGUAUAGUUACAGAGUUGCUAUCAAUCAAGAUAACUCGUUUCGUUUAAUUCUACCA